AUGAAGAUACUGGGCUUCUUCUACGCCCUCUCUAGCGUACUCGGCCUCACAUUCACUGCGGUCCCCACCGGAUGUACCAAAGAAGGACUGUAUUGCCUAGACUCCUCUGGAGCCAACAGCGAUGUCUUCAGAAUCCUCACGUGCAAGAAUGGCAACACCCAGAUCGUGAGCGAGUGUCUUGCAAAGGAAACCUGCAUCGACAACCCCACACCGCACUGCACCCCGGAGAGCAGCCCUCGGAAACCAUCGCUCGUCAGUUCUAAGCCGGUCCCUAACAGCUACAUUUGGUCAACCACAACUUCGGAUACGAUGUUGCCAACCCCGCCAGUGUUCCCUCAGGUUCCGUCCACAGUCGACAACCCCUCCGCCAGCAGGACAAUUACCAACCAGCUAGCAGCGCGGCAAACCCAAUCGCCUUUCCGCAUCCUCAUCUUCCCAGAGACAAGCAUACGCGGAAAAGACAGAACUGGUCCGCGGCGAAAGGAGGGAAGCGCUACGGAUCGUAAGAUGAUCGGGGAUGUGAAGUUUGGUUUUGAGAUUGAGAGUUUAAGGUGUCAUGCUGUUCCCGGCUAA